AUGAGCUCCGCCGCCUUCGACGCCCAUCAUCCUGUGGUCGUUUCGGCGUCGCCCAGCACGUCGGGCGCAAUGAAUCCCUCAAAUCAGCUGUCCAACAACUGUCCCCUCAACUUUUCCCCUAAUAUGAACAAUAAUAUGUUCGCCACUCAGCCGUACGGACAACAGAAUCUUGGUCUGGCGAUGCAAUAUCUCAACGGAUCAUCGAAUAGCUCUUCCAGUUUGAGUGAAACCCCGCCAAAUCUCGGACUCCGCCACAAUCUCAUACCCGCAUCUACAGAUUCCAGCACAUCCACAUUGUCUAACAAUUCGAUGACCGAGCAGGUCCUUCUGAUUAAUUCAGGCCAAGGAACUGUGUGCACAACCAGCUACGUCAAUCAGAGUAACGAUUACAAUACUGCGGCGCAAGAGGCAGAAGAACCUGAGCCAAUGUCGAGAGAUCGAUGCAAUACCUGGCCAUUACGACGGCCUAAUCUUGAGACUGGAAUUCAAAACAAAACAAUGAUCCAAGAACGCAUUCCGGAGGAAGAGUCGUAAGUUGAAGUGUUAAUGCCUUAUCAAUACCAUAAUUUAGACCGUUCGGUAACGAUGAGUUGUUAAGUAGCGAAAUUGGUGUGGACAGUGCCCCUGGCAACGAUUCUCCACGUGAUAAUUCUCCUCUUCCUUUUGGACGGUAGGUGUUGUUAUGUCAUCAUGUUGCGCUGUCGUUUUUUCUUUCACAAAAUCUGACAAUUAAAACCUCCAAUAAUCUUAAUAAUUUCUGCAGAAGUUCCCCGGGUGAUAGCUUACUAGAAUCCGACGCAAAUGGAGGAAAAAAAGUAACCACGAGAAGAAACGCAUGGGGUAAUAUGUCCUACGCCGACUUGAUAACUCAGGCAAUUCUAAGCUCUCCCGAAAAGCGACUAACCUUGUCUCAAGUCUACGAAUGGAUGGUCCAAAACGUUCCGUAUUUUCGCGACAAAGGAGACUCCAACAGCUCGGCAGGAUGGAAGGUAUGUCUUGCUCAUAAUCAAACCGGAUAAAAGUAAUAUUGAUGUGGGAUCAGUGGUUAACCUUAAAAAGAUCGAAAGGAGUUUCUUUUACAAUUUAUUUUUUGUUUGUUUCCUAAUUAAGAGCUUGAUAGGAGAUGCGUUAAGGGCAAUUAGGACAUCCAGCCGGGGGACUUGAGGUCAGCCUUCGGCCUUGGGAGGGCAUGGAUUUUAGGUUAAUCGCGACUGUUUCCCGUCUCCUCGAACGGGUUCGCUGCACCAUCGCGGCCGUUCGGAGCGACUAGCGGCGGUGCAAUGCCUACGAAUCUCUUCUUUAUGUGCACUCUCUGACCCGUUCAUUUUUUCUUCUGCCACCCAUCCAUCGGGAAUGCGACGUCCGCUGGAAGAAAAGAGACGGAGGGUGACUGCUGUCCGAGAGAGCCGCUCAGCCCCUUGUUCCCUGCCUUUCUGCCUGCUCUUCCCGCGAGAUUGAGAAGUGCUGCCCAAAAGGGAAAAGUAGUGGGGGUCGCGGUAGGCUUACGCAGAGUUGGAGGUGUAUUUCUCGAGGCCUUUUCCCUUUCCCGUUUAUUUUCCUUUUUGUUUUUAUCGUUCUCUUAAUUGAGUUUAAAAUUUUUUAAGCUCCGUGCGCCUAGACUUGUACCUUAACCAGAGAAGUUAAUUUCAUUAGUGUCCUUAUAGAUGAAUAAUUUUCUUGAUCAGCCUACCGAGUUCCGGGGUCGAUGCCGAACCUGGCCGACGAACCCUGUUCUCGCUAAGCCGGAACAGUACGGUGGACUGAGUUAUGGUUCUAAUAAUCAGUCCAGCUCUUCCCUAGUAUCCUCAAGAUACCCAAGUACCCAAUGUGUUGCUUCCCAAAGCUCAUGGAGUCAGUUAACCAGUAGUUUGGAUUUCACGGAUACAUACACUAUAAGCGGGAAUUCGUACGAUGAUAUUGAAGCAGCCCAUUCUCAAGAUAAACGUCGACGGGUCAGAAGACGGCAUCCCGAAAACUUGUCGCAGAAAAAGAGUAACCCUUGGGGCGAUGAGAGUUAUGCUGAUCUUAUUGCACGCGCUCUUGAGAGUACUCCUGACGGGAGGUUAAGACUGAAUGAAAUCUAUCAGUGGUUCGUGGAAAACUUAGACUACUUUAGAGAACGCUCGGGACCGGAAGAGGCUGCGGGUUGGAAGGUAAAUAAAAUGGGCAGAAAAAUUAGUGCUUCUUUACCAUCAAUUAUAUAAAAUUUUGUAGAAUUCCAUCCGUCACAACCUAUCAUUACACAGUCGGUUUAUGAGAGUGCAGAAUGAAGGCGCAGGAAAGUCGUCAUGGUGGGUUAUUAACCCAGAUGCAAAACCAGGCAGAAAUCCUAGAAGACGUGCAGCAACCAUGGAAUCAUCAACCAAAGUAAGUGGCUUUACAUACAAAUUACAUAACCCCAUUCGAGAGGACAGUUAAUACUAACUGCAGACCGUCUUUCAGGCUGCGUUGGAAAAGAAGAGGAGAGGAGCCAGAAAACGAGUUGAGAUGGGCAUCCGUGGAUCUAUGCAAAGCAUUAAUGAAACUAGCUCUCAACUUUCAAUCAAUUCUCAUGACACAUUCAAUGACACUGAUGACGGUUUUGGAUCCCAGUUCGAAACAUUCCGUGGAAGAACUCAAUCAAAUGUCUCCAUGCCUGGAGGGCUCUCACCUCAACAAAACUCAUUUGAAGACUUUGAAUUUCCCCCUUGGGCAGCAAGCAACGGACCCAUGGAUAUGGGGCCACCACCCCAAGUGACUCCUCAAAACAAUCAAGCAGUCAACGAGCUAUUGGAUCGAACUGAUCAGAUGAGAUUAGAUUCAGAGAAUGAAGCGGCUAGAAGACUGAAUAACGGACUUUCAUUGUCAGCUCAACAUUCUCCUCAGUUCAUGCCUCAAAUAAAGGAAGAGCCAAAGGUAAUUAAAACUGACCUUAUUACUCUAAAAUUCAGGAAUGUGUGCAAUCUCAUUCACCCAUGUUUCAUGAAAUUCCACAGCAACAAAUGCGUCAGAAUAUGAUGCAACAUUGUGCGCCGACCCCCCAUAACAUGAUCUCUCAGCAUCCAAAGCCAGCUUCAAGGUUGGUUCUUGACAUCCAAAACCUAAGCUCGUUUAAACACAUCAAACGUAUCAUGUUUUCAGUAACGCUAGUCCCUACUACACCAAUAACGGAUACGUGCACUCCAACGUCCCGACCCAGAACCCAUCGACCAGUCAAUGGACUCCAUACAGAAUGCCUCCCCAACCCAUUCAAACUAACUCUUAUCAACAACGACCAAUGAUGAUGGGCAUGGGGAUGCAGCCCGGGCGGCCAAUGAAUGAUCUUCCAAUGGACCUCGAGAACUUGGCCAACCUGGAUUCUAGGAUCAUGGACUGCGAUGUCGAAGCGGUUCUGCGGCAUGAGAUGUCGCAAAGUGAUAGUCCACAGUUACAAUUACAUUUUGACAUUUAA